AUGGCAGGACCGGUACCGUUUCGAACUAACGAGAAUAAGUAUACUCCAUCCUUUCCUCCAGUAGUGUACUAUCGUGACACAUUUGGACUAGAACCAAUGAAUGAAAGAGAUAGAAGGAUGACUGAAUCUGGCGCUGAAGGCUCCGACAAUGACAGUAUAGUCACAAAGUCGACAGUCCGGACAACAAUGAAUAUCCAACCGUUCGUAAUGUGUGACAGUACGGGAUCAAAGCUCACCAAUAUGACUCCAUCCUAUCACGUCGAACAACUUCUAACGAAUCACGUGCUUACCGCUGAUCCUCGAACGUUGCUUGCGUUAAGCCUCGUUGCGUUUGCAAGCGCUGUUCAAGUGAUCAUCUUCGCAAUCAUAUGCGUAUUUUAUGACGGAUGCCCUUACUAUGUUGCAGUCGUAGUUGGAAGCCUAUUAUUAAUUAAUGCUACAGUAGUUAUUGUAUUCUGUAAAUGUCGACCUACAAGAGGAUGGUUGAUAGCCAGCUGCAUUGCAGCAUCGCUCUCCUUUGUAGAAAGUGUAUCAUUAUUCUUCUGGACAGCAUACUUAGUGAACAGCGAGGAUAAAUACCUGGAACGGAUAGGAGCCAAGGAGAAUCGCAUUGUGACGAGCACACGGAUCGCUAUGUACUCAUUACAAAUGAUCUUCGCGCCAAUUCAUGCUAUAGCCGCUGCGAUAAUUGUAUUUCUACUUUAUGGGAAUCUAAAUUCAUUAAGUGAAGAGAAAAUCACUCAUGGAUAUUUCUUAAGCGAACCUCAGCUCGGACACCAGAAAAUAUUGGUGCCAAUCGAGUUACGACAAGUGAGAGAUGUUAGCGAUGAUGAGACGGAAAACGCAUCUGUCGGUGUGCAGACCAGUGGAACGAGGACACAACAAGUGUGA